CCACGUUCUCGUGUUAGUCGGAACUAGGAAACUCGGACAUUUUCGACUUGCUAACUUGUUGAACGCAGCACGUGUAUAAAUACAACAAGUUACCAAGUCGGAAAUGUCAGUUUCCUAGUUCCGAUAGGCACAUGAACGAGGCAGAAAUUUCGCCAAGGGUUCAUACCACAGUGGGUUCCCAUCAAAACUACUGCUCACAGUUCUCGUGAUUCAAUGCUGACUUGACUGCAAUGAACAGGGGAUGACAACUCCGUAGUUGCCGUCCAUUCGUACAACAAACAUUGAACUCUGAUGUGCAAUGGACCGAUAUGCAUCGGAGACCGAUGACCAAGAACGACCAUUGUUGCUCAGUCGACAAGAUGAUAAAGUUGAAAGAGCCCCUGCGUGCUGCUCGUCGAGGUACGGUCUGUCCCUGCUCUCCUGUUAUGGUUUCUUUGUGGCCUAUGCCCUUAGGGUCAACCUCAGCGUUGCCAUGGUUGACAUGCUUAACAACACAGACGCCAGCGGCAACACCAGCACAUCAGUGUGUCCUGCACACUCCAGCCCUGCUCGCCCCAAGCACAACCACACUGCCAGUGUGUACAACUGGGACUCUGAGACCCAGGGCUGGAUCCUGGGCUCCUUCUUCUAUGGCUACAUCCUGACUCAGAUCCCAGGGGGCUACCUGGCACUCAAGUAUGGGGCCAAAUGGCUGCUGGGCCUAGGAAUCCUGGGAACUGUAGUCUUCACCCUCCUCACCCCCGUGGCUGCCGACAUGGGCGCAGGCUACCUCAUCGUUGUCAGAGUGCUAGAGGGCAUCGGAGAGGGAGUGACGUUUCCAGCCAUGCACGCCAUGUGGGCAUCUUGGGCCCCACCAAUGGAGAGGAGCCGAUUGCUCACCAUCGCUUACACUGGUGCUCAGCUGGGUACCGUGGUCGCCCUUCCCCUGUCUGGUCAGAUCUGCUUCUACCUCGACUGGACCUGGGUCUUUUAUAUAUUUGGUAUUGUGGGGAUUGUGUGGUUCAUCCUGUGGGCGCUCCUUGUCAGUAACACUCCCAGCACACAUCCGCGGAUCUCAGAACAGGAGAGACUCUACAUCACUUCUACCCUGAAUAAGGAGAUGUCGCCGACGGGGGACCACAUCCCCUGGGGGUCCAUCUUGAAGUCCAUGCCGCUGUGGGCCAUAGUGGUGGCUCACUUCUCCUACAACUGGACCUUCUACACACUACUCACUCUGCUGCCCACAUACAUGAAUGAUGUAUUGGGCUUCAGUAUCAAAGAGAACGGUGCCCUGUCGGCUCUGCCCUACAUCGGCUGUGUGCUGCUGGCUGUGCUGGGGGGCCAGCUAGCUGACUACCUGAGGGAGAACUUCUACCGCACUGUGGUCGUCAGGAAGGCCUUCAGUCUCAUAGGUAUGAUUGGGCCGGCGGUGUUCAUCGUGGCUGCUGGAUAUACAGGCUGUAACUACAUCCUGGCAGUUGCCUUCCUCACAAUCUCUUCCUCCCUGGGAGGAUUCGUAGCCUCCGGCUUCAACAUCAAUCACCUCGACAUUGCCCCCCCUUAUGCUGGAAUUUUGUUGGGAAUCACCAACUCCUUUGCCACGAUACCUGGUAUGGUGGGACCAGUCAUAGCAAGAGCCCUGACCAAACAUAACACUAUAGAGGAAUGGCAGUCAGUGUUCUACAUCUCUGCUGGGAUCAACCUGUUCGGAGCAGCUUUCUAUACUGUGUUUGGCCGAGGCGAGAUUCAACCCUGGGUGUCCACAAUCCCCAUACCCAAGGCAGCUGAGGGGGACAAAGGGUGACCCCCUGUGGACCAAAAUGGACUCACAGCCAUGGCACAAUUUCCUGUGUCAGUCUUAACCCAGAUGCUCUACGCACAAUGCUAUUGGGAAAACAGCCUUGUAAAGAAAACGUUUUAAGAUUUUAAUGUUUAUUUUUGGUAAGUAGACCAAUAUAAUGGGUAUGAUAAGUACAUUUUUUAUCAAUGAUCAUAUUGAUAUUACUCUUUAUGUGGGGCCUUUUUGUGUGAUAUGAUAACCCCUUUAGUUCUUUACUUUGUUUACAGGUAGGGGGUUGCGCUUGAUUUAGUGGACUCUCGUGCCUAAAAUCACUUACAUUUGAUGAAGUCUUACAUGGACUGACAUCAGACAAGUACCAUUUCCACUUUUAGUCAUAAUUUGUUGCUUCCUCCGCUAGAUGCUCAGAAAAAACAAGAAGCCAUAUGAAUUAAGGAUCUUGUAUGUAGCACAGUUAGUGCCAACUGAAAGAGCACAAUCUCUGAGGAUAGAAUCCAAGUGCAGUUCAUCCACUGGUGGGUUUCUCUACUUGUGAGAAACUCAUUUUUUUGGCCUUCCGCUUGUGCCUUAUUGUGAUGGCUACAGCAGUGGUUUUCAACUGGUGAUAAAAAAAAAGUGGGAUUUUGACUUGAGCACCAGUGCAGUUACAAAGAAAAUCCAUCAGAAAUCCAUUGAAUGGCACAGAUGGUUACAUCUGUAUUGUUGUUUCAAGUCUGGUGCGAUGGAUCUGUUUUUACAUUUAUAAUUUGAAUCAUUUUACUUAGCCUGUGAGAACCAUUAGGUUAGAUUAGAUUAGGCUUAACAGUACCACAGUCUCUGCCAUAGAAAAAAACAGAGUGGCUUUUGUGUCUGUGGUUGCACAUUUUACAAUGCAGAAAACCACUUGUCUCUAUACCUUUUUGUUCAAAAGUAAGACCUAUUUUACCAGAGCUAGCCUACAUUUUUGUUUCUAUUGGAGAUUUGUGGUACGCUCUUGAAGGUUUACACACAAAUUAACCAUAAUGAGUAAGAAACUAUGAAAAUAUUUUAAAUAAACCUUAUUUAAUCUAUGAAAAAUAUUUGUCACAGAAAAUGGAUGAUUUACAGUAUGGAUUAGAUGAGAUGGAGGUCAUUACCACACAAUAAAUUAUUAGGAGAAGUUUGUGCCACAGAUUUUUCUGCCCAUCAAGGUGUGCAACAGUUCAAAAAUGGUUGAGAACCACUGGGCUAGAGUGUAUAGGACUAUGACCAUCAUCAACCCAGUAUAUAAAAAAAAAUAUAUAUCUCAUCUAAUCGAUACGUGACAGAAAACAGAUACAAACAGCAGUGUUCCCUGUGUGAAUCGGUCUACCAUGCAAAUGUCAUAAAUUGUUUUUUGUUACUGAUCAAUUGUGUUUUAUGGUCACUUGCUGGUCCAACUACAAUGAAGGAGUUUAAGGGACUUAGCUACUUAUUUUUAUUUUAUUUUUAAGAUAAUGUUAAAAAAUUUUCAUCAGAUAAAUUCUGCACACCAACAUUCUUUACACACUACAUACUAUGUCAAUCAUGGUAUAUUACUAUUAUGGCCAAUUUCUGUGAGGGCGAUAUUUAUUGCACAGGCUUUGUUUCCCUCACCUAAAGGAACUGUACUUCUUAUGUUUAUGAGAGACCUCAAAUGGUCUGUUUCUGAAUAAGGUUUGUACACCUCAAAGUAAUCAAUAUGGGACAUUUAAUUUAAGUGUGAAUAUUGGCAUACCAGGCUGAAUUUGAUGCUUGAUCUUUUAGAAAGAAAAAGCAAAAUAAAGAACAGCACGUAUUUCAACCAUUUGUUUCAGUCAAUGACCAAUGUAAAAGUUUAUAUUAAUAAAACAUUUUAAUGAAAUCGUAUUGAAUAUG